AUGCCUCUCGUGGUUGAAGUUCUCUGUGGGCGCCACUUCUUUGUGGAGCAGCCUUGCUGUUUUACGAAGUUCACCUAUGGUGGCCAGGAGUACAGUACGGAUGCAGACAAUGGAGCAACAAGUCCGCAGUGGCAGAAGACAAAGUUCCAGCUGCCAUAUGCGGGCAAGGCCGUGGAAAUCAACUUCCUGGUCAUGAACCGCAAAGGACGUGGGGAGAGCAUGCAAAUUGCCUCGGUCAUGGUGCAGUGGGCAAGCUUUCUGCCUGGAUUGCGCAAAGUCGAGGAUUACAUCGUGAAGGCGGAGGUGGAUGGCGUCAAAGACACUGCUGCCAUUCGAGUCGCGGCCACAUUGAUUCCUGAAGGCAUCACGGGAGACCCUCAGCGAGACAAACCCAAUCGGAAGGCCCUGUUAAUUGGGAUAAGCUAUCUCAACACAGCAAUGAGCUUGCCAUAUUGCCAAGAAGAUGCCGAGAAGAUGAGGUGGCUGCUUUGUGAGAAGUGGGGCGGCUUUUCGGCUUCCCCAGACAACCUGAAGGUCCUGAUGGAUGGCAAAGACAACCCGGAGGAGCGGCCGACGAAGGCCAACAUCCGCGCUGCCAUCAGUUGGCUUGUGCAUGAAGCAGUUGCAGGGGACAGCCUCCUCUUUUUUUACAGCGGCCAUGGUACCCAGACACCGAAUAUGACCGACCGAGAGAAGGAUGGCUUUGACGAGGCCCUGGUCCCAUGCGACGUUGAUGAAAAUGGGAUUCUGCUUGAUGAUGAGAUUCACGAGCUGCUGGUGCAGCCACUGCCUGCAGGCGUGAGGCUGACCUGUUUCUUGGAUUGCUGCCACAGCGGAACUGGGCUCGACCUGGCGUACCGCUGGAGUCCGUAUGUGGAGGCCAAUGGCAAAGGUGAGUGGCAGUUGGACGGGGGUGGAUACUACAGUGAAGCAGAUGUGAUAUGCAUCUCGGGCUGCGCUGAUGACCAAACCGCUGUGGGAAAUUCUGCGCUGGCACGAGGAAGUGAACAGUUCCCCUUGGGCAUGCCGACAGGGAUGUGUUCCGCUGCCUUUUGGGUCGCAGUGGAGGUACAUGAGACCCAGUGCAAGAUGAACUGGACUGAGAUGUUGAACAUCAUGAAGGAUGUGCUCAAGGACUUCAACAUGAGGCAGCAACCCCAACUCUCGAGCUCUCAGAAGUUCGACCUGACCCGACAGUUCGACUUUCAUGACUGUAUCCCCAACAGCAACGAGCACAAGGGCCCGGUCUCCUGCGAAGGCGACGUGCGCAGCCGCGGCGAGGCGAUGUUUUCGGCCUUGAACUUCCUGAAGGAUGAGAGAUUCAUGUCGAGUGGGCCAAUGCAGAUGAUGCUGCAAGCGGGCGCAAUCCGGCUUCCACCGUGA